AUGCCUGCACGCGCCUGGCAAGCCCCUCCCACUUCCAAUCCCGCUCUUCUUGUAAAUAAUUCCAGUCAGAUACCCGUUGCAUCACCUUUACUUGGGUCGCCAUGGUCAAGACAGGAUGCACUGACCCUUGCUGGCGUAUGCAUAGCCAUCAUCGCUACGUUGAUCGCACUUGUUGGCGUCAUGUUUCCACCACUUAAAUUGCGGAAGUGGCUGUGCAGACCGUUUCAUUGGAUCACACGACGGCUGCGGCCCAGUAAGUCAAAAUCUCUCCUACCCCUGUCGUCAUCAUCCCGUCAACCAAUGGUCAUCGAGAACUGGAAAAACACAGAUGAGAGAGCGGCCCGCCAACGAUUGCAGGAUCAUUACAAUGAGUCGCUGAGGGUGAGACGUGGGGGAUUCUGA